AUGACGUGUUUUCUUGUAUAUGUUCACAAUCUAUUUUUCUUGGGAACUAGUGGUCAAGCCAUAGAGAAUUUCAAGAAGGAAAUGGCUUCCAAGUUUGAGAUGAGUGAUCUUGGUAAGUUAACUUAUUAUCUUGGGAUUGAGGUAUGUCAAAACAAAGAUGGUAUUACUUUAGGUCAAAAUCAGGAUGAGUUGAAAAUCUUGGAGGAGGCUGCCUUGACGAAGUGUAACCUCGUUCAUAUACCAAUGGAGAGAGAUAUUGAUGCUACAAGUUAUAGGAAGAACGUUGGGUGUCUUCGAAGAUCACCUUCACCUUCAAAGGUUUCAAAGUUGAUUGACUAUAGUGAUAGUAGUCAUAAUGUCGAUCAAUAUAAUGGGAGGAGCACAGCGGGUACAGAAGCCGCAAAACAAGCUAUUCGUCUCCAAGAAUUGCUACGUGAAAUUACUAAUUUACCAUGUGAGAAGGUUAUCAUUCUUCUUGAUAACAAAUCGAAUGAGCAAAAGGCGGAUAUUUUGACGAAAGCUCUAGGAAGGAUCAAGUUCAAGGAAAUGAGGGAUCUCAUUGGAGUAAGAGACAUGAAAGAAGGUGACUUUAAGCUUAAGAGGGAGAAUGUUGGAUUAAGCUUAAACUUAACUUCAAAUAGAAGUUAUCCUAAUCCUAACCGAGACAUGGUUAAGGAUUAA